UACAUCGAUCAAGCAGCGGACAUGGAGCGCCAGAUGCACUCGAUGCAGCUCGAGAUGAAGAACCUCCAACGGGAGCUGUCGAGCGCGACCUGCGAGCGGGAGAACGCGAUUCAGCAGAAUCACCGUAUCCAGGACGAUCUCGCGGCCGUGAGCUGCGAGGUUAGGAAGGCGCACAAGGACCUCGAAGCGUCCAAGGCCGAGACACACGACCUCAAACGCCAGCUGCAGACUUACGUCUGCGAGGUGCGGAGGGCCGAGGAACUGCUCAGCGAGAAGGAGAACGAGCGGACUGAGAUGCUGAAUCACUUCAGGAGCCUGAGCCUCGAGGCCUCGGUGCUGGAGAACAACAAUCACAGUCUCGAGAGCGAGGCGGCGGAGGUGCGCGGCGCCCUCCAGGCGGCCCGCGACCGCAUCAUCGACCUCGAGCACCAGCUCACCGAUAAGGACUGUAUGAUACACGAAUACGAGAGCCAGAUCACCGAGCUCUCGCAGAACGUGGCCAGCCUCGAGAUCCAGUUACAGCAGGCGAUGGACGAGCAUCACCGCGUCAACAACGACCUGAGGACUGCCCGGGACCUCUGCAUGAGCCUCGAGCAGCAGAAGGAGUGUCUCUCGCAGCGGAUCGAGGAUGACAGCGAGACCAAGACCGAGGUACUGUGUCUACCAGUGCGCUUGCGAAUUCAUGAACGACAGUGGGAUGCCGAUGGGGUUGGCUUGCGAUGCGAUGAUAAGGCAGAGCGACCCGAGGCAGAGGUCGUUACUGACUAA